GGGCUGCGCAUCCAGGAACCGGCGCGAAUCAAUGAGAUCAAACGCGAGGGAGAUACACCGUCUAUUACAAACACUCGGACAAGUCUAACUUUUUUUUUCCUCUUUGACAAAUGCGCUUCCAAAGGCAACCUUAGCAACGCCCAAAUAAGGAGCCACCUCUAAGCAAAAUAGUAUAUAUAUCCAGGAAGGGCGAAAAUACAUGUUUAUAAUAAGUGUAUGUGUAUAUUACAGACGCACAGGUUUUGACACUCGGUGAACUUUUAAAAAUUUUUUUUCUUAAAACAACAACAACCAACCGUGACACUGCAGAGGACUCUUCCUCUGUCUCUUGGCGCGUUCGUGAAGGGGUCUUCGGUUUCCUUGGAGCGCCCAGGGAGGCGCAGGGACCUCGGAGAGAAGAGUGGGGAGGACAGAGGGAGGUGGGUGGGGGGCCGAGGACCAGUCGGCGCGGAGGCCCAGCACUUUCUGGUCGCACGAUGCCGUCGCUGCUGGCGUUCACUUUCUCAGUGUGCGCCCUGCUCGGCUGGGCGUCGCUGGCCGGAGGCGCGGGUGGCGGCGGCGGCCCGGGCCCGGGCGGCGGGCGCCGGGAGCGAGAGGCGCUGGCGCCGCAGAAGAUCGAGGUGCUGGUGCUUUUGCCCCGGGACGACUCGUACUUGUUCUCGCUGGCUCGGGUGCGGCCGGCCAUCGAGUAUGCGCUGCGCAACGUGGAGGGCAACAGCACCGGUAGGCGUCUUCUGCCGCCCGGCACUCGCUUCCAGGUGGCCUACGAAGACUCAGACUGCGGCAACCGUGCGCUCUUCACCCUGGUGGACCGCGUGGCGGCGGCGCGCGGCGCCAAGCCCGACCUCAUCCUGGGGCCAGUGUGCGAGUACGCGGCGGCGCCGGUGGCCCGGCUUGCGUCGCACUGGGACCUGCCCAUGCUGUCGGCCGGAGCCCUGGCCGCCGGCUUCCAACACAAGGACUCAGAGUACUCGCACCUCACGCGCGUGGCACCAGCCUACGCCAAGAUGGGCGAAAUGAUGCUAGCUCUAUUCCGCCAUCACCACUGGAACCGCGCUGCGCUGGUUUACAGCGAUGACAAGUUGGAGCGGAACUGCUACUUCACUCUCGAGGGCGUCCACGAGGUCUUCCAGGAGGAGGGCUUGCACACGUCCUCCUACAACUUCGACGAGACCAGAGAUCUGGAUGUGGACGACAUUGUGCGCUACAUUCAGGCCAGCGAGCGAGUGGUAAUCAUGUGUGCGAGUGGCGACACGAUCCGGAGCAUCAUGCUGGCAGCUCACAGGCAUGGCAUGACGGGUGGAGACUACGCCUUCUUCAACAUCGAGCUCUUCAACAGCUCUUCCUACGGCGAUGGCUCGUGGAGGAGAGGAGACGACUUUGACUUGGAUGCGAAGCAGGCAUACUCAUCCCUCCAGACCAUCACUCUCCUGAGGACAGUGAAACCUGAGUUUGAGAAGUUCUCCAUGGAGGUGAAAAGUUCUGUUGAGAAGCAAGGACUCCACGAGGAGGAUUACGUUAACAUGUUUGUUGAAGGAUUCCACGAUGCCAUCCUGCUCUACGUCCUGGCUUUACACGAAGUACUCAGAGCUGGUUACAGCAAGAAGGAUGGAGGGAAAAUCAUCCAGCAGACUUGGAACAGAACAUUUGAAGGGAUUGCCGGGCAGGUGUCCAUAGAUGCCAAUGGAGACCGAUAUGGGGACUUCUCUGUGAUUGCUAUGACUGACAUGGAAGCAGGCACCCAGGAGGUUAUUGGGGAUUACUUUGGAAAAGAAGGUCGUUUUGAAAUGCGGCCAAAUGUCAAAUAUCCCUGGGGACCUUUGAAAUUGAGAAUAGAUGAAACCAGACUUGUGGAGCACACGAACAGCUCUCCUUGCAAAUCAUCAGGUGGUCUAGAGGAGUCUGCCGUGACAGGCAUUGUUGUUGGGGCCCUGCUAGGAGCGGGCUUGCUAAUGGCCUUCUACUUUUUCAGGAAGAAAUACAGAAUAACCAUUGAGAGGCGAAACCAGCAAGAAGAAAGUAAUGUUGGAAAACAUCGGGAGUUAAGGGAAGAUUCCAUCAGAUCCCAUUUUUCAGUGGCUUAAAAGAAGCUAUAUAAGAAGCCUAAAUAAAUAUUUUUUUUUCAUUCUGCCUGAGAUUCCUUAAGAUAGAUGGAAUGAAAGACAUCAGUGGAGCCGAAGGAUUGUUCUUUUAAGCAGCAUUUCGCUUUCAACAUUUUGAAGAAGCUCAGGAACUGUUUUUCAUCACCAUCUGCCUCUCGGCUUUUCAUCUCAUGACAGAUAUAAGGAUAUGAUGUCACUCUGUCAAGUGUUUAUGCUGCUUCAAGGGCAUAGAAUUGGAUUUCUGUUGUACAAAUCUGAUGUCUGCGUAUCUUGAUGGCUCUUGGGGGCGUUUCAUACAAGGACAUAAAAUGUGAUUUUCCUAAAUGAUCAUGUUCUAUAGCUAGAAUAAAGGUCAUUUUUAUAAGUAGAAUAUCUUUGGACAGGAUUUAACACCCAAGAAGAAGGGAAUGGAAUGGGAAGGUCUCAAAUAGACCACGGCUGUCUCGAGCUGAUGGAGGAGGGCUGGUUGAGGGCUGCUGUGUCCUAUGUCUACAUUCAGGUUCUGACUUCGAAUCUUGAAAAGGAGUUUUUUCCUCGUCUCAGUGUCUCGGAAAAGCUACUCUGGACAGUUGUAAAUAUUAGUGAUGUAGGAGGAUUUAUAUAAGAAAAACAAAUCUGAAUUCUGUUUGUGUUUGU